AGCAAAUGUACUAUCCUUAUGAAAUUCAAGAAUCGGAGGAGAACGGUUCAGAUGUGUUUUCGUAUGCGGAUUAGUCAGAAAGAGUUGCCAAUUCCUCUCAAAGAAGUCUUUCUGAUUCUUAAGCUCGAUAGGAGAUGUUUGAGGAUUCAGCUGGUUCAUAUUCAGAUAAUGAAGACUAAUACUAAGAUGUAUAGUUAAUAGAUCAAAGCAGAAUAGUAAAUUUGUAAGAGGUCAAAGUAUUUUUGGAUGAAGUUAUUUGUCCAAUAUGUUUUCACAUAAUAAUUGACCCCAAGAUUUGCAAAGAAUGUGAUCAAGCAUUUUGUAGCAAUUGCAUAGAGAGAUGGUACUUUAAUGUUGAGAAAUAUUUUAGGUUCCAAAAAAGUGUGAAUCAAUAAUGUCCAUGCUGUAGAAAAGGAGUUAAUAAAAGGAACGAGUGUGUGUAUGGGAAAGUGCCAAAAGUAAUGCUCAACUUAUUAAGUAAAUUGAUGUUAACUUGCAGAUAUAGUGUAUUUAUUUAUUUAAAAAUAAGUCAGAAGGAUGUGAAGAAAUUAUUUCUUAUGACUUUCGUGAAAAACAUGAGAAUCAGUAUUGUUAAUUCUAGGAAUAGACUUGUAAGAAUUUCGGUUGUUACGAGACAAUGUAUCGCAAAGAUUUUGAAGACCAUCAAUUGGAAUGUAAAUAUGGCAUAGUUUAUUGCAAAUAUUGUUCAAAGGAUAAGCUUAGAAUGGAUAUAGAAUUGCAUGUAUAAAUGAAAAUCUAAUCUAGUUACAAGAAUGUGAUUGUAGACCGAUAUUAUGUGAAUGGUGUCAAGAAAAGUUUUAGCAUAUAGAAAUUGAUGACCAUAUUAAGCAGUGUGAAUUUAAGGACAUUAUUUGUGAAUAUUGUAAGAGGAUAUACAAACAGUAUGACAUGGAAUAACAUACUCCCAUUAAUUGUUUGAAAAGUCUUUAUAAGAGUUCUCUUGAAUUGAGUUAGCAAAAAGAUGAAAAAAUAUUAUAAUUGCAAAGAUAAAUUGAGUUAUUAAAGCAUACCAAAUCUAUGGAAUAGUCUGAUCUAAAUUAAUCCACAGAUGAAAUUUUGAGUGAAAAAUAUAAAUAAGAUUUUGAAGUUGAUGUUGAAGAAGUCAUUGAAGAAGACAUUCAAAUUGAAGAUAGCGAAUAAGAGCAAUUUCAAUAAAAUGAUGGAUGUUAUGAGAAAUAAAACAACUCUGAUUAGAAAUCUGAAAAUCUAUCUGAUGAUGACAAUCAAGACUAACAAAAUACGGAUGAGUAACUAGAUUUUGCUGAAAUACCUUCAAUCUAAGAAAUCAAGAUGAGAGGCUUAUUUACUUCAUUCUUAGAAAAAUUCACUGACAACAAAUUUAAAGAUCUUUGGGAUUGGUCUGAAGAUGAAUUAAAUUAGGUGAUUGAUUGGCUUAAAUGA